CUGAUAAAAUUUUUACUAAAUUUCUCUUGCAGGAAAGUGUGUACGCUGCUGAUUCAAAGGGGGACGUUAAAGCAAGGAUCGGUUCUCGUCGCUGGAACGACGUACUGCAAAAGUCGAGCACUUUUUGACGAACAUGGUGUCAGAAUUACUGAAGUAGUACCUUCUUUCCCCGUGGAGGCGAUCGGCUGGAAGGACCUACCGUCAGCGGGCGAAGAGUUCCUGGAAGUGGAGUCUGAGGCAUGGUAG